GGGAGUGAGUGUUUAUUUGGGAUGCGACCUGGUGGUAGUUGCUGCACAUGAGGGAACGCUGUCCUGUGUUUCGGCUGUAACGUAGAUAAGUUAUGCCACAAUGAUUUCUGCAGUUUUAGAUGAACCUCAGGUGGGAACACUUCUCAGUUCCUUUGUUUUAGAGGAUGAUAUACGGCAAGAUGUCAAAGAUAAGCUCCAGUUAUUCUUGGAAAGGCUUACAGAGAGUGCAAGGAGUACAACAAAGCGGGUUAAAGAGCGCUCCCUAGAGGAGGCAUUGCAGAUGCUGAGGAAAAUAUCACCACCACUGCUGCAGUCGCUGAAGUCUGAACAUCACCGGCACCUCAUUCAGCUCCUCCUGGCAUCACAGCUGGAUGCUGUGAACACAUCCACAUCAGCCUGCCGCAAACUAGACCAAAUGUUGCAACACCUGGCUCAGGUCAGUGAGUCUUUAGUAUUUGAAGAGUUCCAACAAUGUCUUCACAGACUACUCCACCAGGAGCAGGUUUUGUCAUUAAAGGACCUUCAAAUAGUGUGUAUGUUCCUGGAGGAGAGCAUGAUGGGCCGAGAAGGUUUACGACUAGUGUUUCCAUCUCUGCUGUGUAAAAUCACCACAUUGUUGCCUGACAUUAUGAAAGAAGAAGCAACAAGAAACGGUGCUUUGUGUUACCAGACAGUCAAGCUGUGUCUGCAAAUGUUCCAGCUGCUGCCUGAGCAAGUGGUGCCGCUGGUCUUUUCAGAGCAGAAAGACAAGCUGCAUAUGAGGGAGAUUCUGGGAUUCCUUAUGAAUAUUAUCGUAGGGGAGAUUUGUAACAGGGACACACGGUUGUUGGCAGGCACUGCUAUGGCCAUGCUGAUCUCCAUAGCCCCCGACAGUGAGAGUGGAAAUUCAUCAGCUUUGAGUUUACUCCAGGUUACUAGCAUGGAGAAGUGUAGCUUGGCAGUAGGGCAGUUGCAGGUAGACUGUAUUCCCAGAGGAUGUGAUGGAGUUGACAGACUCAGUGUAGCCAGAGGACUCCUGACCUGCUUGAGGAAGAACAUCCUCGUUCGACAGAAUACAGGCAAACAGACCUGCCUCCUCCUAGAUGGGUUAUUUCCUCUUGUCUCCGAUUUGCUCAGAGAGAAACUGGACUGUCACUACUAUGUGUUUCAAGUGUUUAUCUUGUGGCUGAAGAGUGUGAAAGAAUGUCUGCCCGAGAUUAGGGAGAUCUCCGGUGCUCCUUUCCUUGAAGAAGGCUCAAACCUAAGAGACAAACUCACACAAAUCAUUUGGGACAAUGCUGAGAGCCCGGUAGAGGGCGUUUCUGAAUCAGUUCGCACUGCUUUCAGUUUGUUUCUGGAGAUUUAUGAGCUGGACUGUCAGCUUUCUGGAGAUACUGAGAAACGGCUUUAUGUGAACUUACUGCGCAGGAUUGCUGAGCUGCCAUGGGAGUCCAGGGCCAAGUACUCACCACUCAGUGCCCUUCUGCCAUACGUGGGUACGAACAAGGUUCUGGAACAGUAUCCUGCUCUUCCAUCUCAUAUCUAUAAGUGCCUCUCCACCAAUCACCUUGCACCUUGUGCUUCUGAGAUCUACAAGUUGCUGCUUCAGGAGCAAAGACGGGAGCUUACAGUUAGUACAGUGAAGGAUGCUCCGCCCACUGAGCUACACAUGGCCACUCAAUGGGCACGGCGAUGGCAACCUACAGUCCUGAAAUCUCUGACCUCUGAUGUGACUCUACUUCAGAAUAACGCCUCUAGCUACCUCCUGCCCUGCACCCUACGCUGCUUUCCGGAAGCGUUUGACACACUACUAGCUGCUCUAGACCCUGCUGCCCCUGGGCACCUACGAGCAUGGGUGUGUAUCAUGAGUGCCCAGCGAGCAAAUAGCGGGCGUCUGUCCUGGAUUUCAGAGAGCAACUUUGCCUUGGAAACACUCCAGCUAGCCUUGUCGUCUCUGGACGACAGCGUGCGGUUAGCAGCGUUCAGUCUAAUUUGCUGUAGCCCAAAGUCUAAAGAGCCUCCAUUAGAAGUGGAAUAUGCUGCCGUGAAGGAUUUCCUUCCUUUUAAUCUGAACAGCGAGUCGUCUCCGUUUCGUCAGCACCUCCAGGCUGGGGUCAGGAAAUUCCUUGUGCGUAUUCGGGACAGUUGUAUGGCGAGUCUCAAGGGUCAAAAAAGUAAAAGGGGUCUGAGCAAGGAAGAAGAGAAGGAACUUGAACAAGGCGUAGACUUUAUUGACUGGCUGGCGCAGUUGCCGUUAGUCUCCCUGGCUCCUGGGAACAGCUUCCAGAGAAAGAAGACAGCUCUUCUGCUGCUAGCUGCAAUUCUGGAGACCUGCUCAGACUCCUGGAGUCCAGACAGGAAGAAGGGUCAGCCACCAGCUAAUAUGUCUGAGCUGAUAAACUUCGCAAGAGAAAGAGGAAAGUGGGACUUUUACUGCCGGGCAAGACAGCUGGUCCUGAUUGGCUGUUUGGAGGAUGUGACCAAUGAGAUCCGUGAGCAUGCGGCUGAGCUGCUGGUGAGGUUUUUCCCGCAGUCUCUCGAGUCUGAUGUCGCUGCUGCGCUCUUCAGUCGAGCACAGAGACGUCUGCACAGCCCACGUGUUCAGGAGGCCCAGAUGGGGGCUCUGAUGAUUAAACUGCUGUUCCAGAAGUGUGUGUCUCUGGAUGAUGUGUUGUCGGAGGCUCUGAAGCAGGAUGAUGUGCAGUCUGUAAGGCUGAUCAGACACCUGCUGAAGAGUCUGGAGCAGCAGUACCUAAUCGCCAAACAGGACAUGCUGCUCGCUGCACGCUCCUCACCUCUACACGGUGCAGUCAGCGCUGUUCACAAGUGUGUUUUGGACGUACCUGGGGUUUUGACUGAAGCUUUAGACCACAGUAUGAUAGCAGAAACGCUCUCACUGUUGGAAAAGAUCACACUGCUGCUGCUUGGUGUGCUAUACGGAGAUCAGAAUAUGGAGGACAAAGAAGUCCCGCCUUCAUUCUGUGACAUGGGGAAUGCCAUCAGCUCUCUAAUUGGACACAAUGGAUCGGAGCUGGAUGAGGAUGGAGAAGAGAACGUGCUGCUGUCAGAAGAGCACAGUCUAGUGCUGACCUGCUGCUGGGUCACGCUGAAGGAAAUAGGGAUUUUUCUUGGCUCGCUGGUAGAGAGGAUUCUAUCAAUCACUCGUAAAGACAGAACACUGCUAACUGUAGAAGAUCUGCAGAAGGCUUCAAAAGUAUUUAAGGACAUUAUUCUUAAAUGUAGGCACUGGGGGGCAGUGGAGGGCUGCUGCAUUGGAUUCACUAAAUUCUGCGCUGCCCUUCUUACCAGCUCUGAUCCAAAGCUCAGAGAAAUCCCAAACCACAUUCUACAGCAGGGUCUGUGUGUCCUUCAGACCCCCCGCAGUACAUCAGUGACGAGACGGGCAGCGGGUUUGCCGAUGCUUAUUCUUGGUGUGUUAGCAGCAGAGGAGAGCAGCACCUCUCACCCACUGCUGGCCCACAGCAUCAACACACUGCUGGAGACAGCCGCAGCCCCACUGCCCCAGAACUGGGAUCAGACCCUUGACUUGCCCCAGGUGUGUGCAGUUCACACAAUUCAGGCACUGGUGAAAGGCUCCAGUCUGGGUUUGACUAUUCUUCAGUAUGCCCCUGAGAUCACCAUGCUGUCGCUCACACUCCUCAGCUCUCCUUGUUGGGCCAUGAGGAACGCUGCCCUGCAGCUUUACAGUUCUCUCUGCUCCAGGAUGUUGGGUCAGAGACCCGCUGGUGAAGAUAUCUCUGCCCAGUAUGGCAUGUCUUCCCCUGCAUUUUUUAAGCAUUAUCCUGCAUUAAAGCCCUUCCUCCAAGAGGCGUUAGAAAGAGCAGCCACAGACCUGCAUGAAGCCAGACUGAGCCUUCACCCCUCUCUCUACCCGAUCCUAACCCUGCUGGCCAAGCUGCAGCCUGGAGCUCAGGAGCAAACACAAGCUCUGUCAGACUUCCUGUCUCCGCUGCUCCAGCUAGCUGCUAGUCCGGUAUAUGGUGUGAGAACGAUGUCAGCCCAAGCCCUGGUUGCUAUGAUACCACCUACAGAGUAUGUGGCAAGCGUUCUGAGAGUGGUGGAGGAGCUGCCUGAGAAGCCGAGUAGCCCAAGAUGUCACAACCGCAUACAUGGUCAACUCUUACAGAUAAAGGCCAUCCUGGCCAGGGUCCUUCAUGCCGACAACCCUCGCCCAUCCUCUCUAUGUGGCGUGGUGGAGGCGAUGGAGGCCCGACUUUGGCUGGCAUCCCACGAGCAAAGGUGCCCUUUGGUGCGCCAGGCGUACGUGGCUGUGCUGAGGCUGCUGAGAGAGAACUGCUCAAGGGCUUUCCUCGUGAAACUUGGCUCUCUGCUGAUGAAGGAUCUACACCGGGCUCCACACACUUUGGAGCUUGGCUCCGCCUCCUUCCACCAAAGUGCAGUGCACUACCUGUGUGAAGACCCCGACUGGGCGUGGCAGCUGUGGCCCAACCUAUCCAGUGAAAAUGCAGUUACUCGUCUCUCUUUGGUCAAGUGGGUAAAAGAGGGGCGGGGCUGGAGAGGAAGCCGCCUAGAGCAUGCCCUGGAGAAAGCACUCCAGGCCAGUCUGAGGGAGGCACUCUUGGAUCAGGAUGUUGAGUACAAGGGAGCGUACUUAUCAGCAUUGGUGGAAGUCAUGACCCCAGAUGUGUUGAGUGUAACCCAGACUCAGCCUCUCCUAUUCAAGCUUAAGGAGGCAGAACUGCACGAGUGUAUACAGCUACUCUUGGAGGAUCUGGAGGGAAGCAGAGGAGGGCCAGAGCUCCUCUCUCAGACCCUAGGUGCUUUGACUCUGCUACUUUCUCCAAGCACAAACAUGGCCGUACUGCAGCGCUGGUGUGUGUUAUUAGAAACACACAGGCGUGCUGAGGCUCCUGAAGCUCUGCGAUUGGCCUGUGCUCAGGCUCUGGCUCUGACUGGAGCUGCAGUAGUGACCAGCAGCCUGAUGGGCAGCACCGCUCUGAAAGCCCUCAGCACCAGGCUGAUCAGUACAGGUGCGCACCUACUGCAGGAUCAGAGUCAGCAAGUGAGAGCCCAAGCGGCCAAAUUUGCUUCUGUCAUUUGCAAGUCUCAAGCAGGAGACACCCCACCAAAGUGCUUCCUCAUGCAGAGCAGCCGAUCAUUGCGUAUGCUGCUGGACCUGCUGCUGGGGGAAUUCUGGGAUAGCGAGGGCACUUUGGAAGCUUUGGUGUGUCACUUGCCAGAUUGGGAUCUCAGAAGUGUACUUCAGGAGGCCAAGCUCACACAAUGCAGCAGUCUGUAUGAGCAGGACAACGCAAACAUGUUUUUGGAGCCCUCUGUGAUUUCUGAGACCAUGCUGCCAUAUUUGCUUUGCCUGGCAAAACGAUACCCAGAAUCCUCUGUUCUUGCCAAGCUUCUCGAUCAGUGGGAACAAGAAAAUACAGUCUCUGUCAGAGAGAAUCUCAGCAUCUGUGCCAAGCUUCAUUUAGGUGACACCCUGGAUCCUGAUUGGCUGAGUGUGCUGAUGGAGCCACGUUUCCAUGGCGCCCUUUGUGGGCUGUACGCCAAGGCUGCCUUUCUACUGCAGAUGCACAGUGUUUCCAAUAAACCACGACCCCUGUUUGACCCUUCUGUCUUAGAGCAGGACCUGCUGGAUUUACACAAACGGCUGAGCCUGAAUGGAGUUUAUAUCCCAGACAGUUUUAUUAAUGCCAUCAGAACAGAACGAGUGUAAAUUGAUGCAAGGGGAUUUGGGAUUGUAUUAUUGUUGUUUUUGCUGCUUUGAGUUUUUAUAGUGACUACGGUUUUAUGCCAUUGGCUACCUUGAGCUACCUCUCUUCCAGAUAAAGUGGAAGAACAGCGCUGGACAAAGAGUCAGUAUUGCAUUGAUGAGUGAAUGUUGAUGUGGUUCUGAAUAGCAGGCAAUAUCGUUCUACUUCCUUCAGGCGGAGUUGUCUGAGAAGGAGUAGGAAGAUGAGAAGAUCAGAGCUGGAGCCAGAUCAUGUUACAGUGGAUGCAGGCCAGGAUAACUGGCUUGUUUUUUUUUUAAUUUAUACUGAGAUCAGCCUACCUUUCUGAAGCAAAUAUCUAAGGUGCAGUGUGUAAUGUUUUAAAAAGCAUAUAAUUACAGAGAUCUUACAAAGACUGUGAUCUGGAUCAGGCUAGUUUCUUCAUUUCAGACCCAGAAUUGAGCUCCACCCCCCAGCUGAUACAGAGCUUCUCAGCACUGCUCCAUUUCACAAAAAGACAGCUCAUGCACAAGUAAUGUUUUUUAUUGCAUUUGCACUUCUCCUAGCAGGCAGCAGGGGGCUCUGCAAUGCACAAACUGCUCCUUUAAUUAUUUCUUAAUCAUGUGCUAUAACACCAUGUCCUCGGACCACAACCAAGUUGAUUUUUUAACACUGGUUAUUUAUAACUACUUUUAUUGAUAUGUAAAGAUAAUAAUGUGUUGAAUAAAUGUUGAUUCUUUUUUUAAA